AUGAGUAGCCUCUUGCUAGGUAUCAUUCCUUUCAGAGAAACUGCGUCCACCCUGCAGCCAGUCGUCUCGAGCGAGAAGUCUCUCGCCCAUCCAAGAAAGAAGAGCCCGAGAAAUUCGGCGGUAAACGCUCUUUCCCGUGCCCUUCGAGAUGCCAACCACCUUGCGCUAUCCCUCUGGGGUAAGCCUAGACCCGCGGAGAGGGAGCGGAGGAGAGUCGUCCGAGAGCGCAAGCAGACCCUCUCGCUGCGCAUGAAAAUGGCCACGACGUUGGAGGAGUGGGAAACGGCGGCCCAAGAACUCGAUGUAUUAGAGGGCAAUGACCGAUGGAAAGACGAACCGUCGACAAGCGGACUUAACAUAGCCUUGGUAGAGUCACGGCUAAACGACCUCGAUUCUGCUCGAUCCAGCCGUGAUAUUCGCGCCAUGCUAUAUCUCAUUCGUACCGCGCUGUCGAGAGACCUUGGCGGUAUGGGUGGCGUCGGCCUCUACCGCCACUCGCACAUUGGUACCAAACGCCUUAUUGAGCGUUAUGUCGACUCUGCGAUUCAGACGGUAGAGUCUCUCGUCCGCGAGAGCGCCUUGUCGCUGCCGGACAGCAUGAGCUCCAGGGAUAUCCUCGACGGCCUACUCUUUGCUCGGCAGAGUUUUGGAAGGAGCGCCCUCCUCCUUAGUGGCGGCGCUACUUUCGGCAUGAUGCAUAUCGGGGUUUUAAAGGCCCUCUUCAACGCCGACCUGCUACCGCGUAUCGUUUCGGGCGCCUCUGCCGGCUCCAUUGUCUGCGCCGUCCUCUGCACGCAUACCGAUGAGGAAAUUCCCACCAUCUUAGAGGAGUUCCCAUACGGCGACCUUGAUGUAUUUGAAGCCGUUGGCGUUCAGGAUAAUAUGCUCUUGCACCUCCGGCGGCUGCUUACAGAGGGUAGUUGGUCCGAUAUUAAGAAUCUGACAAGAGUCAUGCGUGGGCUGCUUGGAGACCUCACUUUCCAGGAGGCUUAUAAUCGCACCCGUCGCAUCCUGAAUAUCACCGUCUCGACAGAGUCCGUCUACGAACUACCCCGUCUACUCAACUAUGUCACCGCACCAAACGUCAUGAUAUGGUCAGCAGUUGCGGCCUCCUGUUCUGUGCCAUUCGUCUUUACUGCCGCCUCUCUGCUUGUUAAGGACCCGGUAACUGGCGAACAUGCGCCAUGGAACCCGAGUCCUCAACGCUGGAUCGAUGGAUCUGUGGAUAACGACCUCCCCAUGGCCAGGCUAGCGGAGAUGUUCAACGUCAACCACUUUAUAGUCUCCCAGGUGAACCCACACGUGGUUCCAUUCCUUGCCAAGGAUGAUCACCUCAUCCCGACAGAAGAGAGAGACCGUAUAGAGGAUUUAAAGGCCGGCGGAAGAGGACCUGAUUGGCUGUACGUAGUAACCUCGUUAGCGAAAGACGAGGCACUCCACCGCAUGCAGUUUCUGGCCGAGCUUGGCAUUUUCCCAAAUCUCGUCACCAAGCUUCGGAGCAUCCUGAGCCAGAAAUACUCCGGUGACAUAAAUAUCCUGCCCGAAAUUGCCAUUCAGGAUCUGCCGAGGAUACUUUCUAACCCCAACAGCGAGUUCAUGCUGCGGUGUUGUCUCGCUGGUGAGCGGGCCACUUGGCCCAAGAUGAGCCGGAUACGGGAUCGAUGCGCCAUAGAGCUCACGCUUGAUAGGGCAGUGCAUGCUCUCCGGGCCCGUGUCGUAUUUUCCGAAAGCCAGGUGGAUUUGCGGCGGUUAGCCGUCGGUCCCGUUCAACAACCGUGGCCGGAUACGCCAGCUGGCGAGCAGGCCGGGGCGCCUCGGAACAAGGAAAAGGACCGGCAACCCAUUCCCAGUACGACAAGAUGUGGCCAGCGCCGCGGCUCUGGAAGCAGCGUUCAGCUACUUGCACGCCACCGGAGGAUGCUGCAAGAUACCGAUGUCACAGAUGACGAAACCGAGGAAGAGGAACGUUUAGAGAUGCUGCGUUGGAGCGCCCAUGUGGCUUCUACCCUUCCCAAGAAGCCUAGUUUAAGGAGAGCUGCCAGGAGUCAGCUCAAUGUCCAUCUCAACCCGGUGUCUCUACCUACGCCCGCGGCCACACGCGAGGAAGAGCAGGCUCCGUUUGACUUUUCUCGGCCAAUACUUCCGACUCAGUCCGAAGUCGCCACCUCCCCUGACGGUCAACGCACCAGCAUGGAGGCAUGGGCGGCUGGACCGUCGACUUCACGGAACUCUGAUAUCUGUUCCAGCCGUGCUGCGGCUAUGCCGCCCAUGGUCGGUGCUGCUUCGGGCGGAACCAAUUAUCUCGAUGGAGACUAUGAUAUCGCGGAUGAGACAAGCUCCUCUGACCCUGACCCCUACAGCCACCCAUGGGAUCAAAUUACCUCAAUGGAGAGUGAUGUUGCGAGCGGGCCCAAAUCUACAGAUAUCGCGCCGGUGGAUGAGCUAAUGGAUCGGCCCAGCAGUCAUUCCAUUCCCCCGGCGGAAUCGCCGGGGGAAGAGCCUACGGAUUGA